UUUACGUAUUAUUUUUUAUUACGAUCAAAGUCCAAAUGUCUACUUUCAUCGUUUUAUUUCUCCUCUUUCUCUAAUGUUAUAUAAUAUAAAAGUUGAAAUGAUACAGCUUUUAAGAAAAGAACUAUGUUCUGGCUGCUCCAGUCAUUUGAGGUAUUUUGCAAGACAUGUCUCUACAGAAAGAAAAAUUACCACUCAUUAUACUAUUGUAUCUCGUGACUCAGAUCCAAGAUGGAAAGAUAUAAAUAUGGAGCGUGCUGUUGAUGAAACAGAUGUUUUGAUUGUUGGAGGUGGUCCUGCAGGAAUGAGUGCUGCUGUGAAAUUGAAACAGCUGGCACAAAAGAAUGGAACUGAACUGCGUGUUUGUCUUGUAGAAAAAGCAUCACAAAUUGGGGGUCACACACUGUCAGGAGCUUGUAUUGAAACUUCAGCAUUGGAUGAGUUAAUACCAGACUGGAAAGAAAAGAAAGCUCCAUUGCAUACUAUGGUUACGUCUGAUAAAAUGGCCUAUUUAACAGAAAAACGUUAUUUUCCAUUGCCUGUAUUUAAAGGGUUGCCUAUGUACAAUCAUGGUAAUUAUUUGGUUCGUUUGGGAAAUUUUGUAAGAUGGUUAGGAGAACAAGCAGAAAGUCUUGGAGUUGAAAUUUAUCCAGGAAUUCCAGCAAGUGAAAUAUUAUAUCAUGAAAAUGGAAGUGUCAAGGGUAUAGCCACUUCAGAUGUUGGUAUUCACAAAGAUGGAUCUCCGAAGGAUACCUUUGAAAGAGGCAUGGAACUACAUGCAAAGAUUACUAUUUUCGCAGAAGGAUGUCAUGGCCAUCUUACAAAGCAGAUCAUUAAUAAAUUUUUGUUGCGAGAAAACUCGUGUGCACAAACCUAUGGUAUCGGACUCAAAGAGUUAUGGGAAAUUGAACCAAGUAAACAUCAACCUGGACUUGUUAUACAUACAGCAGGUUGGCCGUUGCCAAAAGAUACUUAUGGAGGUUCUUUUUUGUAUCACUUAGAUGAAGGGCCACUUGUAUCAGCUGGAUUUGUUGUUGGUUUAGACUACAAGAACCCUUAUUUGAGUCCAUACCAGGAAUUUCAACGUUGGAAAACUCAUCCUUCUAUUCGUCCAACUUUUGAAGGAGGUACCCGAAUAGGUUACGGAGCACGUGCAUUAAAUGAAGGUGGAUACCAGUCUCUUCCAAAACUUUCGUUUCCUGGUGGUUGUGUGAUAGGCUGCAGUGCAGGUUUUAUGAAUGUUGCAAAAAUAAAAGGUACUCAUGGUGCAAUGAAAAGCGGUAUGCUUGCAGCCGAGGCAGUAUUUGAGACUAUUUCAGGUGCAAAGGAUGAUGGUGUAACAGGAUUAACGCCCGAUAGCUACGAUGAGAGAUUUAAAAAGAGUGGGUUGUUUAAAGAGCUUUAUGCUGUUCGUAAUAUACGUCCUUCUUUUGAAACUCCCCUUGGAAUAUGGGGAACCGUUUUAUACACGGGUAUGUAUUAUUUUUUGGGUGGUCGUGAACCAUUUACAUUGAAACAUAAAGGAACUGAUGCAAAAAAAUUAAAACCUGCAGCUCAAUCUCAAGUCAUUAAUUACCCUAAACCCGACGGAAAAGUGAGUUUUGAUUUACUCUCAUCAGUAACUCUUAGUGGUACCAAUCAUAACAGCGAUGAACCGCCUCAUUUGACUUUGAAAAAUGACGAUGUUCCGUUAAAUGUUAACUUAAAAAUAUAUGAUGGUCCUGAACAACGCUUUUGUCCUGCCGGUGUAUAUGAAUAUGUUGAUGACGAAAUAAACAAUGGUAAACGCUUACAAAUUAAUGCACAAAACUGUGUUCAUUGCAAAACUUGCGAUAUCAAAGAUCCAACUCAAAAUAUUAACUGGGUUGUUCCAGAAUGCGGGGGUGGUCCAGCCUAUAAUGGAAUGUAAAUUUUUGUAUAGAAUUAUCUUAAGUUUUUUUU